AUGCAAUUCGGAAAGCUAGCUCUCCUUGCCAUGGCCGGAUUGGCCAUUGGCCACCCCGGCGUCCAUGAGCCCACCUCGUACAACGCCUUGUCGAAGAAGUCAUUCCUUCACAAUGCCAAGCGCAGUUUGAACCUGUGCGCGGAUCAUCUGGAGCGUCGGGGAGUCAACGCCCGUGCCAAAGCUCGCCGUGCCGUAACUGUUGCGAAAUAUCGUAAGCGAGGCAGGGUUGCCCGUGACACCGACAAGGUGGUGAACACCUCCCACCAUUCCUCCCUCAAUGUUACCCCGAACACCUCCGAGUAUGAGCUGUUCGCCAAAAACCCUGUCUGCAUCCUUGCUCCUGAAGGAGAGAUCGGACCUUUCUGGGUGAAGGGUGAGCUCGUCCGCUCUGAUGUUCGGGACGGCGAGGAUGGAAUCCCUAUCAUUCUUGAUGGACAAUUCAUCGAUAUCAACACCUGCGAACCAAUCCAGGAUCUCUACUGGGAUGUCUGGAACUGCAACUCCACCGGUGUCUACUCUGGUGUUCAGAGUAGCAUGAACGGUAACGGCAACGAUGCCACCAACCUCGACAAGACCUCCCUGCGCGGUAUCCAGAAGACGGAUGCCGAUGGCGUGGCGCAGUUCAAGUCAAUCUUCCCCGGUCACUACGAUGGCCGCGCUACUCACGUCCAUGUCAUCGCCCACGUUGGUGCCCAGGAGCAGGCAAACAAGACCCUUUCCGGUGGUCACGUUGCUCACAUUGGUCAAUUAUUCUUUGACCAGGACUUGAUCACCCAGGUUGAGAACACCUACCCGUACAACACUAACACCGUUUCUAUUACCGAGAACGCGGAUGACCACGUCGUCAUUGUUGAGACUGAGGACAGCAACUCUGAUCCCUUCUUCGAAUACGCUCUGCUUGGUGAGACGGUCGAGGAUGGUCUCUUUGCAUGGAUUACCCUGGGGGUCAAUGUAUCUGCCAGCUAUGAGACUUCCAAUGCUGCUACUCUUACUUCUUCUGGAGGUGUCAGCGAGUGA